UGCUAUGUGGUAGCGAUCUCGGAUUUUGUCUCUGAUGCGUGGUCCUAUAGCUUUAUUACAGAUCCCACAUCCCAUAGUUAAUCCAUUAACUAUGCACAUACCAAGUCACGACGCUGAUGUAAUUUGCAUUUGUUGUAUUUGUGCGUCAUCUUUCGUCAUAUCCUUUCGAUAAUCGUUCCCUGAAGACGUGACUUUCAGCGGAUCGUGAAGAGACCUGAGGACUGGCACAAUACUUGAAUGGUUCGUGUUGUCCCUCGUACUCCAACGUAACCGAUGAUUAAGGUGUAGACAUAUCACUUUGUGCUCGGAAACCUUCACUUUAAUGACUGGCAUUUUCCUUAUUAGCCAAGCCUUGGAUUUGAGAUUCUUUGGAGUCAGAAUGGUUUGCAUUGCAUAAAUAUAUCAGAAGGCUUCUAUAACAGGAAACGAUCAGCGCCCUAAGAUUUACAUCUUGAUCGCCCAUAAUGCUUUUUUUCUGAACAAAACCUUUAAGCUGUCACAAAAGUAGCGGCGACCGUCAAGAAAGGACAACGAAAAGAUAAAACUGCCCUUUUGCGAAGGCUCGUUGAAAGACAGCCUCAUAAUUAAACAAGGAGAACAUUGAGUUAAGCUGAAACUCUUUCUUCGCCGGAAAUUUCAGUAUAUCUAUGUCAUAAUGAUGAGAAGUAAGAGAACUUUGAUCGCCCUUGAAAGUGUAUCAUAUAUUGCUACUUGUCAAGGUUUAAUGGGGUCGCAACCAGUAAACGCGAACCCACUCACCUGCUUUAGACCGCUGUCCAUCUGUACAGCUGAGAACAUUUUAUAUAUCACUUGGGAAAGAGAGCGAGCAAAUAUUUGGUGAGUAGCAAUAAAGUUUUGAUUUCAAAGCUGACAAGCGUAAUGUACAUUUUCUCUAAUAUAUUUUUACAGAGGAAUACUUUUUUCUUGCUGAAGCAUAGCUCCUAUCUAAAUACUAAUUUAUCUCAUAAAAGAUGUAAACUUGAAUAUUUUACACUCUACAUUUAAAAAAAAUUAUAAUAAACGUUUUUUAGUUAACGUUGACUAAAAAAAGACAGUAACACCAGCCAUAUAUUUCAUGUCACCUUAGCCUCAUAAAAUACUAAAAUACUCGUGAAAUUCUUAGGGAAACUGAUUAAUGCUGAAUCCAAGCAAGUACAACUUUCAAAAUGCCACGAAUUUCUGCUUAUUUUCAUUUUUUUUUAUUGAAACACCUGUUUUUUCACCUGUACAAAUUGGACACAGUGUUCAAAACAACUCAGAAUUCUUCUUAUUAAAGGCAGAAGCUUCUUUUUCAAAGAAAUCAGAGCGAACUGGCAUAGAGCUAGGAAGUUCUGGUAAAGUUUGAGUGAGGUAAAAUACUCACUUUCGUGAUGUCUGCACGGCCACCAGUAGCUGUGUUACUUGGGGUACUUUUCGUGCUGGGAGCACUGCCCAAAGUUGAAGGCUCUUACGAACAGGAAGCCUUAGAAGCACAUAACAAUUAUCGCAGGAUCCAUGACGCCCCACCAAUGAGGCUGGACUCUAAUAUGAACCAGCAGGCAGCAGCCUAUGCCCAGCGGUUAGCACGCAUGGGUACACUGCAGCACUCGAGUUCUAGUGAGAGACCAGGCCAGGGUGAGAAUCUCGCCAUGGCUUGUGGGUCUGGAGGCCUGUCCGCGAAAAGAGCUGUUGAUAUGUGGUAUAAAGAAGUUUGCCAAUACAACUUUAACAAUCCUGGAUUUGGAUAUGGCACAGGGCACUUCACGCAAGUAGUUUGGCGAAAAAGCGUAAAAUUAGGAAUGGGCUCCGCCACGUCCGGAAGAUGCACCUAUGUUGUCGGCCGAUACAGCCCUGCGGGGAAUAUGAUGAGGGACUUCAGGGACAAUGUUGCGAAGGGAAGUUUUGAAAAGAGUAGUUAUUGUAACGGGGGUGGUGGAGGCGGUGGAGGCGGCGGCGGCGGCGGCGGUGGUGGUGGCGGUGGGUGGCGUCCAGGGGGAGGUGGAGGUGGAGGAGGGUGGAGACCUGUUGGAGGCGGGGGUGGUGGUGGAGGUGGCUGGAGACCUGUCGGUGGAGGUGGAGGAGGAGGAGGAGGCUGGAAACCUGUGGGCGGAGGAGGAGGAGGAGGAGGAGGAGGAGGCUGGAAACCAAAGGGUAGUAGGUAUGGUUUAUAUGAGAAGUCAUUGGAAGGUCAGAAUGAUCUCUCUCUCAAGGAAAAAAGUUUGAGAGGGGAAUUUCAUUCCUCUCUCGCUAUGUCUCAAAAAACAUCUUUAGUUGUGUUGCUGAGGACACUGUGCAUGUUAGGGAGGCUGCUUCAUGUUGAAGGAUCGUUUGAGCAGGAAGCUUUACAAGCACAUAACAAUUAUCGUUCGAUCCAUGACGCUCCACCAAUGACGCUGGACUCAAGUAUGAGCCAGAGUGCAGCAGCCUAUGCCCAGCGGUUAGCGCGUAUGGGCACUCUGCAACACUCGAGUUCAAGUGAGAGGCCGGGCCAGGGGGAGAAUCUCGCCAUGGCAUGUGGGUCUGGAGGCUUGUCCGCAAAAAAGGCUGUUGAUAUGUGGUACGACGAAGUUUGCAUGUACAACUUUAACAAUCCCGGAUAUGCGUCUGGCACAGGGCACUUCACACAGUUAGUUUGGAAAGGAAGUGACAAACUGGGAAUGGGACACGCCACGUCCGGGCAAUGCACCUACGUUGUAGGACGGUAUAAACCAGCUGGGAAUAUGAAGGGUGACUUCGAGAAUAAUGUUAUGAAGGGAAGUUUUAGUAAAGAGGAAUAUUGUAACAAGGGAGGUGGCGGUGGUGGAAAUGGAGAGGGAGGUGGUGGCUUGGGACCUGGAGGUGGAGGUGGUGGGUGGGGAGGUGGCGUUGGCGGUGUGGACGGAGGCGGUUGGGGAGGUGGAGGCGGGUGUGGAGGUGGAGGUUGGAAACCCGGAGGUGGGUGUGGAGGUGGAGGCUGGAGACCUGGUGGUGGAGGCGGGGGUGGAGGCUGGAGACCUGGUGGCGGAGGCGGAGGUGGAGGUUGGGGACCCGGUGGAGGUGGUUGGAGACCCAGUGGUGGAGGCGGAGGCGGAGGAUGGAGACCCAAUGGUGGAGGCGGAGGCUGGAGACCCGGUGGUGGAGGCGGAGGCUGGAGACCUGUAGGUGGAGGCGGUGGUGGAGGCUGGAGACCCGGUGGUGGAGGUGGUGGUGGAGGUUGGAGACCUGGUGGUGGAGGUGGUGGUGGAGGUUGGAGACCUGGUGGUGGAGGUGGUGGUGGAGGUUGGAGACCUGUAGGUGGAGGUGGUGGUGGUGGUGGUGGUGGAGGCUGGGGACCUAUAGGUGGUGGCGGUGGGGACUGGAGACGUUGA